ACAGGAAAGAGACGGAAACAGGAAGUUUGAGCUGCUGUAACAAAGUACAACUGCUUCUCUCAGUAAAUUCAGCUCUUUCUGUGAAAAGCUGGACUUACUUCAAAACUAAAUAAAAAGGAUGAAGAAAUGACACCGGUUAGAAAAAAAAGUGUAUUUCGUUGAACAUCUGACACAGAGCCAAGAAGGCAACGACCUGCAAACAUGGAACAGAAUAAACUUGUAGACAGUGUUAAACUUAACCUUAAAGCGCAUGUUCGGAAGAAAUUUACCUGGACUUACGAGGGAACAGACAGUCGGACCAAACUUAAAGAUGUUUACACAAAGCUCUUCUUUGUCGAACAGGUUGACCAACAUGGCUGCAAACCACAUGAGACUUUUCAUCAUUUUAUGCUCCCUAAUGAGGAGUCACCAUAUUUGGGGUUAGGCUAUGAAAAGAUUAACAGCCUGGACAUUUUUAAAUCAGGAAAAAAGUUUUCCCAGCAACAACCAACACAAAGCAAGUCCACCCAAAGAGUGAUGACAAAAGGUAUCGCUGGGAUUGGGAAAACGUUUGCUGUCCAAAACUUUUCUUUACACUGGGCAGAAGGAGAAUCCAAUCAGCACAUUGGUUUCAUCUUCAUCCUUCCUUUCAGAGAGCUGAACCUGCUUAAAGACGGGGAACACAGUCUGAUGCAGCUUCUUCUUUACUUCUACCCUGAACUGAAACCACUCAAAGAUACAAAACAUCUGACUAAUGAGAAGGUGCUGUUUAUCCUUGAUGGCUUAGAUGAAAGUAGGUUUUUACUGAACUUUGAGGAAGCCAUGAUUGUAAGAGAGAUAAAUGAAAAAACAUCGGUUGAAUUGCUGCUGAUCAACUUGAUCAAAGGUCAUUUGAUGCCCAAUGCUUUGCUCUGGAUUACAUCCAGACCUGCUGCAGCUUCUCAGAUUCCUCCAGAGCACAUUGACCUGGUCACUGAAGUACAGGGAUUCACUGACCAAGAGAAGAACAACUACUUCCAAAAGAGACUGAGUUCUGUCCAGGAGGCUGAGCGACUGCUUUCAUGUCUGAAAGGGAUGAUAAGUUUCCAUUUAAUGGGACAUAUCCCAGUUUUCUGUUGGAUCAUUGCUGAGGUGUUUAGGAAGGGAUGGGAUGACAAAAGCAUCACAACAAUGACAGAGUUGUACAUCCGCUAUGCUCUGAUCCAAACAAAAAGGACAACAUGGAAAUAUGAGACAAAGAGUUCCAAGAACAAAGCCCAAAAGAAGAUCAAGUCAAAGAACGAUAACCUCCUGUUCAAUCUAUCCAAACUGGCCUUCGAACAGCUGUGUAAAGGAAACAUCAUCUUCUAUGAAGAAGACCUCAUAGAGUGUGGCAUCAAUCCUGAUGAAGCUUCUUGGUUUUGUGGGUUUUGCUCAGAGAUUCUGAAGCAAGAAUUUGGUCUGUACCAAAAAAAGAUGUUCAGCUUUGUACAUUUGAGCUUCCAGGAGUUUCUAGCAGCUGUUUACGCAUUCAACUGCUGCAAGACAAAGAACCUUGAACCUCUGAGGUCCUUCCUGGGUUUCAUCCCUACAGAUCUGAGCUUCUUUGAAUUGCAGAAAACUGUUGUGAACAAAGCCCUGCAGAGUGAAAAAGGUCAGUUUGACCUUUUUCUCUGUUUUUUCCUUGGACUCUCAUUAGAGACAAAUCAAGAAAUGAUGCAACAGUUGCUUCCCCAGACAAAGGCCAGCACAGAAACCACUGAGAGACUAAAGAUGUACCUAAGAAAAUUUCAUGCUGGAAGCAUCCCAACAGAGAGGUGCAUCAAUCUUUUUCUUUGCAAAUAUGAACUAAAAGAAAACGAGUUUCAGGAUGAUAUUGGAAGGUACCUAAAAUCAGGAGCAAGACUCUCACCUAUUGACUGUACCGUUCUAUCAACCCUGCUAAUGAUGUCUGGUGAAGUGAUUGAAGAACUCGAUCUGACAAGAUGCUACACACCACCAUUUGGAACUGAGAGGUUUCUGAGGCUAAUAAUGAACUGCAGGAAGGCUGUGCUCAAGAGCGAACAUGUGGGAACAUUUGACCUGGAGAUAGUGUUAUCUGUUCUUCAGUCUGCCAACUCAAGCUUACAAGAGCUGUGUCUGCAUGGUCUUUAUAACACUGGGGGGGAUUUCCCUUAUGAUCUCUGUUAUGCGCUGGAAAGUCCACAAUGUAGACUACAAACCUUGAGGGUGUCUGGUUUCUCACUGGACUUAAGGCGUUGUAACACACUUGCCACCAUUCUUCAAUCCAAACUGUCCAACCUGACAACAUUGGAUUUGACAAACUGUAUUUACAGCUACAAUCAAGAUCACUCUGAGUAUUAUUCAAAACAUGAGACGAAGGAGAAAUAUGAGGAUUUCAUUGAUGACCUAACACCAUUGACUCUAAUUUGUGCUGGUUUGAUUGGACCUCUCUGCAAGCUGAAGGAAUUUAGUAUGAUGAAGUGUCUUUUGAGAAGCAGAUGUUGUCAGGUGUUCGCUUCAGCUCUCAGCUCCAACAGCCAGCUGAGGAAACUCAAUCUCAGUUACAAUGAGAUCCAGGAUUUGGGGGUGCAGCUACUGUCAGCUGGACUAGGCAAUUCAAAAUGUCAGCUGGAGUCACUCAGACUGGCAUGCUGUGGGAUCACAGCGGAAGGAUGUGCUUCUUUGGCUUCAGCUCUGAAGUCCAACCCUUCCCAUCUAAGAGAGCUGGACCUCAGCUAUAACUACCCUGGAGAGUCUGGAAUGAUGGUGCUCCUUGAGAGACUGAAAGAUCCAAAAUGCAGACUGGAAAUACUUAAUCUGGAUCAGAAUGAAGAACAUUGGGUCAGACCACAGCUUCUGAACAAAUAUGCCUGUAAUUUGACCUUUGACAUCAAUACAGCCAAUGAACACCUUAUCCUGUCUGAAUGUGGCAGACAAGUUACUUUAACAGAGGAGAAGCAAACUUAUCCUGAUCAUCCUGACAGGUUUGAAUGCAGGGGUCAAGUGCUGUGCAGAGAGGCUCUAUCUGGACGCUGUUACUGGGAGGUGGAGUGGACAGCGUGCGGUGUGAACGUUGGUGUUGCCUUUAAGAAUGUUAAGAGGAAAGGAUGGGACGCAGAAAUACUAAGGAGUGAUGAAACCUGGUUAUUUUAUAAUUAUUCAUCAAGGGGUUUCUCAUUUCAACACAGACAUCAGGCUGUCUUCCUUCCACUCCCAUUUAUUGAUGUUAAAGCAUUCCUGGCCCGACCCAUGAGACUGGGCAUAUUUCUGGACUCAACUGCUGGCAUUCUGUGUUUCUAUUGGCUCUCUGAUGACACAAGGACUCUGCUUCACACGUUCCACUCAACUUUUACUGAGCCUGUUUACCCUGUAUUUAGUACUCUUGGAGGUUCUCUUACCCUGCCAGCUGUUGAAAAGCUGGAAAUGGAUCAUGUUCCAUUGGGCUUCACGCCUGAGGUCAGCAGAGAGAGAAUCGGUAUCUCUUACAGCUUCCAGUUUCCAGGCUCAGGUCUGUAUCGAUGUUCUCUGACUGGUCUGGUGUUCAGAGUGACGCAUAAAGGGGAAGUGAUGUACAGGACUCAGAUUUGGGACGACAUGCUCCUGCAGCUAUCUAAUAAACAGCCUGGUGGACCUCUGUUCAGCAUCCAGUGCCCUCAGGACUGCAUCGGUGAACUGCAGCUGCCACACUGUGAACCAGAACCAGCUCUGGUGUCUGACUGCCUCUAUGUUGGCCACGUCACUGAUGAUGGGAUGAGCAUCAUUCAGCCGCUGAAGGUCACAGAAACCCACGUGGCUGUAAGAGUCCCUCACCUGUCUGGCUUUGGCAUCAUAUUGGACCGUAUCAAAAAGAUAAAAGCCCACCUGAUGAAGCCGAUUCGGGGCCAAGUUCUGCUGUUCCUGAGACACCUGCAUCGACCUCUCAACAUCCUCAGUGUGAUUCUGCUGCCGAGCAACGUUCCUCUGCAGGAUGUGAAAGAGCAUCACACAGACUCCGAGUUCAUCCAGGCUCCGUCCUUCAGUUUCUUCCACAAGAGCAAAACGUACAGCCUCCAUAGCGACCCAGACGGCUUUACAAUCCAACCUAAAGCCGCUCAGUUCUUUGAGAACUAUGGGCCGAAUUACCACGCCACGUUUGAGAUCACGCUGCCAACGAGCACAGAGGAAGUGACUGUGAUGGUUCGGAGUCUUGAAGAGGAGAAGGUCUGGGACUAUGUCCUCCAUCUCCCAGUUUCCGUGUCUCCUGCUUCUGCAGAGGACAAGCGACCUCGACUCAGGGAAAGUUUAUCAGCGGAUGAGAAGCUGAGAACCGUCCGGCCAGACUUCAUCUAUCAGGUGUCUAAUCCGGUCCUGAACAAACUGCUGGACGAGCUGCAGCACUGCAGGGUGAUAACAGACGAUGAGGCCGAGGACAUCAGAACCAGAACCAGAUCAGAAAAAGCCAGAGAACUCAUCGACAGCGUGAGGAAGAAAGGAGCAGAGGCCAGCUCUAAAAUGAUCUCUGCGUUAUGUUCCAACGAUCAGUAUCUGAGCAAUGAGCUGGGCUUAUUAUGACGGACCAAACCGGACCGAGACCAGAAGAUCUCAUUUAUACAGAGAGAUUUAAAACGGUUUAAUCUUUAGUUUGACAGAUAAUUAUUAAAAUGGUUGGUCUGUUUUACAUUGUUCUUAAGAAGAUUAACCUUUUUGUAGUGUCAAGCAGUAAUUAAACAAUAGUUAUAAAGGAACUGAAUUAAAUAAUAAAGACAAUUACAAGAAA